GUUUAUUGAAAAUGAAAUGUAAAGAGAGUGAUAUUGUAACUAUUGAUAAAGGUUAACUCUUUUAAAAGUUUAAUUGCUAUAGAUUAAAUCAAAAAAAUAGAUGUUUCUGAUUUUACUAAAAUUUCACAAUUGCAACAUGUAAUUCUCAAGGCCAGAACAAAAUAUGACAGUAUAUACAAAUAAGAGAUGAAAAAAUAACAUUUUUGAUUAAUUAGUAACCAUGACAUUGGGUAUUUAAAAUAAUACCUAAUUGUUAAUGAGAAUGCUGAUUAAUUGGGAGAGAAAACAUUAGCUCUUUAGUUAACUUAAUUUAUUUAAUUUUUGUAUAUCUCUAAAAAUUGAAGUGUAUGGAAUUAAAAAAAAUAAGGCCAAUUUACAUUAAUUCCAGUUCAUGUUCAGAUUGAUAUCACUUUUCAUAAAUAUAUAAAUCACUCAUUUUGCCUUUCUACUUCAUCUAUUAUUCAUAAUAUUUUAUCUUCUCUAUUGUUUUAUUAAACAUUUUUUUUGA